AGUAAAUGAUGAUAAAUAUUCCAAACCAAAGCUUGAUUACCAGAAGUGGAAAGAAAUGUUCAAUAUGCACAGUGAUGAAGAAGAAGAACCAUUAUUCCCUGUAGAAGAAGAGGUGACUCCUGUUGAUCCUACUAAGAUGGAGGUAAAGUAUGCUUUUAAUAACAAGAGUGCUUAUAAGAAACAUCUUAGGGGUUACUGUGUAAAACAUAAUUAUCAGUAUACGGUCUAUAAGAGUGACAAAACAAGAUUAAGAGUGAGAUGUAGGUUUAGGGAAGAGUAUGGUUGUAACUGGUUUGUAAAUGCUAGCAUAAAAAGGCAUGAGCCUACUUUUAUUGUUAGGAAGGUUAAUCUAGAACACACUUGUGUUGCGGAUCCAAAGAGUUUUAACAGAUCCGCGGAUCCUGAGUUCGUAAAAGAUGUGGUACAUGAGAAGUUAAAGCAGACAGCUGGGGCCUUAAUUCCAAAGCCUAAACACAUUGCAAGAGACUUUUUUGUAACUCAUAACAUCAAUAUACCUUAUAUUUGUGCAUGGAAGGCUAGAAAUCUUCUUUUAGAAGAUCUGUUUGGUAAUUAUGAAGACAGCUACAAGGAUGUACCCAUCUUUUGUGCAAUGGUGGCUCAUACUAAUCCAGGGUCUGUUGCUAAAUACACUUAUGGGAAAAGAGAUAAGACAUUCAUGAGCAUGACUAUUUCAUUUGCUGCACCAAUGAGAGGAUUUCAGAAAGCUUGCAGGGGAGUCAUAGGUUUAGAUGCAUGCCAUCUAACUGGAAAGCGUGGUGGUGUUCUAAUGGCUGCAACAGCAAUUGAUGGUCAGAAUUCUCUGGUGCCUUUAGGCAUUAAGGUGGCUAAGAGUGAAACCAAGGAGAGCUGGACUGGGUUCCUCAAGGAUUUGGCUCCAGCAAUCAAUGCACAUCAUGCUGGCAGAAUUACCUUUAUUUCUGAUAGGCAAAAAGGGUUGUUGGAAUCUGUUCCAAAGGUUUUCCCUGGUGCAAGAGUUAGAUAUUGCUUCAGGCACUUGUACAAGAACUUCAAGAAGUACCACAAGGCACCAACCUUGCACAACUUAUUGUGGAAUGCAUGCAAAGCUUACAAAGUGAGGCAUUUUCAGAAAAGGAAAUGUGGAAAGUGUGGAUCUACUGCUGGUCAUAAUAAGAGAACCUGUGCUGGUGGUGAUGUUGGUAAAAACCCAACUGGAUUCAUGCCAAGCACCGAGUAUGAUGCUGCAAACUGCACCUUCACUAGUAGAGAUCAUCCUGAAAGUAGCAGUGCAAGGGGUAAAGCAAAGGUGAACAAAUCCAGAGGUACAUCUUCAUUUGUUGGUGAGUCAACAGGACCUAAAAACUUUGGAAGAGCACCAACAGAACCUAGCACCCAUGGAUCUACACAAGAUGUUCUGAAUUUCAGUCAGAACUUUACUGGUAUUGGAUCUGUUAGUCAACAUAUUCCUGUCACAAAGGGAAAGCAAAGCAAGGCUAAGAAGAAGUAG